CGGCAUUCAACCCCUUCCCCGUCUUUAUCUCCCCUGGGAAUAGACCAUCAUGAAGCCAUUCAUGUUCUGCAUCGCCACUUUCUCCCUCGACCUGAGGCUUGUGUUGGGUCAGGCGGGGGAUAUCCCUGGCGCGAGGGAGCGCCUCGUCGGCCUCGAACCCCGUGUCCCAUCCUUCUUCCCACCCCGAGCUCCCUCACUCAUCGACAGGACAGAAGGGGAAGAUGCGGCAGCCAGUGUUCCCUGGGGAAGCGGUCUGUUGCAAACCACGGAGGAGGAGGUCCAGAAAAUGGGCCAGUGGCCUUCAGUGGGAGCCAUCCGUGUCAGCGAAACGGGAGGUAUGUAUGUAUGCAACCACAAACAACCACAAACACACAUUGAUGUUUUGGUUGUGACGUCUUUGUGUUUGUGUGUGCGCAUUCGCUCGCCAUCAGCGGACUGGCGUGAGGCCAUGAGGCCCCCCCCCUGGGCUUUUGAUUCUUUCUUGAAUGCAGCGCAAUCAGGAGGGGAGGGGGAGAGGGAGGGCGUCGAGGUUGACCAGGACUUCGAGGGCCAGCUGCGCCGGGCCAUCGUGCUGGGCACGCCCCUCAAGCUCGAGUAUCUCAUGCAGCUGGAGGACUUCCAAGGAUAUGACCCAGCUGUCCUUCCAAAAGUAGAGGAAUAUCUGCAGCUCGGUCAGUCGGUGGGGCCGUGCAUGCAUGCAUGCGACACAAGGCAGGACGGCUCUGUGUGUUUUGUGUCUGUCCGAUUCCUCAGUGGUGGCUAAAUCACGUGCGGCGAUUCGUGACGGGAGUUACCCUCCCGACAAGGUGUGGUCCUUCCUGGACUAUGUGACAGUCCGUGCGGCUGAGAAAGCCCGGAACCUCCCGCCUUACUUUUUGAAGUCGGGAAGCAUUGAGGAACAACUCAAGUUCGACAGCGACAUGAUCAUCAAGGUAUGACACACACUCUCACACUCUGUCUGUUCCAAGGGCGUGUUCGGAUUCCCUCUUUAUUUUGUGCCUACGCAGGACGGAUUGGCUAAAGUGAAGAGCGUCCCAUCCUCCUUCCCUGGAGCCAGCGUGGAGAUGAAGGAUCUUCUGGAAGUUGAUCUUCUCGGGCUAGGUCCCAAAGGCUGGCUGCUCUAUGCGCCGUCAGCUGUCUCCUUCGUGCCUGGCGAGAAGAGGACAGAAGACGACCUCACCAAACUCGUCAAGGUCAUGCGCAGAGGACAAUAUACCAAUAGAGAGCGGUGUGUGCAUCUACGCAUUUAUCCCCUCUCUUUGUACAUUUCAGGGGUCUCUCAAGACCAGGCAGCCCAUCAAGAAGGAGGACCUGAAAGUGAUCUAUCCGGCGGUCGUCGACACCAAGUUGGAGCCCCUGCAGAUGUUCAUCAACAACCAGGUGGGGGCCAAGUACGACGACGCCAAGACUGAAUGGAUGACCAAGAUCACCAGUGAAUACAAAGGCUAUGGCGAUGCGUUUGAUGAGUUCGUCGCAAGAACGGCGGCCAAAGGUACACAUAGGCGGAUUGAGCAUGGGAGGACACCAUUGUUGACCGUUUCUUUUGGGUCUGUCAGAGUCGGAACUGUAUCUCAAGUAUAGCGAGGAGCUCAAAGACCGACUCCUCAGCAGCGACCUGACAACGUACUUCGACAGCAUCUCAAAGUCGCUGUUUGAAGACGCCAAGGCCCGCAUCCCCACAUGUGACCGAUAUAAGGACGGCUCCUUCGACAAGACCCUGUGCGAGCUCUUCUACCAGCAGACCUUCCCAAAACACAACAGCAGACGGCGCCUGCUGUAUGACCCCAACAACCCCAGCCCCUCGACGGCUCCGGGGUUCAUGUCCAUCACCCAGCUGCAGGCAGAGCCCACAGCUGCGGCGAUAAAGGCGAAGCCCAUUCUGUUCGACGACCUGAAGCCUCUUGCGGACAUGUACCAGAGGGAUCCCGUGCCCAAGAAGAUUGAGUACACUGACGCAGAGCUGCAGACAUUCCUCCGGACAGAGGUGGUGCCCUUCAUGGCGGCCAUGCAGAGGCUCGCCGACACCUACAACAGCAUUCUGGCUGGCGGAGAGCACGUGUGUCUCCUGGCGGAGUGCAAAGACGAGAAAUACCUGUUUGAGAAGCUCAUGAGCGCCAAGGCCGUCGAGGGGUUCUACCUCUUGCAGCCAGCUGCUGCAUACGAAAAGAGUAGGCAGGCGCUCAGACAUAAAUGAGAAAGACAUGCGCCUUCUCAUGUCUCUUUGUUAUGUCUCUUUCAUCUUGUGUCUUGUGUCUGUAGAGGUGACCCCCGAACUGGUUCUGUACCAGGAUCGCUUGGCUCGGCAGCUCUACACUGAGGCCAAGGCCUACGCGGAAGACUUCCCCAAGAGGCCCUAUUUGCCCAAGCGACCCCCACAGGUCCCCGACCUCAACGCACUCACGGCCCUCAAGCAAUUGGAUGACCUUGCCAAAUAUCUCCUCGUGAGCGGCUCGACAAUGCCUGUGAAACCUGGUGUGCGCACGAAGGACAUUCUCUGGCGUCUCUGUAAUGAUGUGCAGGAUAAGCUGGUCAGCAAGGUCGAUGUCGUCGCAUCUGAGCUGCAGGCCUUCUUCAAGACGGCCCUUCCCAAAACCCUGCAAAUCCUGCCGAGCUUCUACAAGGAGGUCAGGGCUGCAUUCGAGCCGGUGCACGAGAAGCUCAAGGGCACCGACUACGGCAAGGCAUUCGACAACUUCGUCGCAUACGAGGCUGCCAAAAGUAAGGCGGACGUCGAGACACCAACACAGAAGAGGCAGAAGCAAGUGAAGUCUGCUGGUUGUCAUUCAGUGACCCGCGAGUUCCGUCGCUACUUCGACACGGCAACUCUUGUCGACGAGGCGGUCCGCAGCAAGUAUCUUAAGGAGGUGGCGGCUUCUAUCGUCAAAGACGGCGAGCACCGGCUGCCGUCCAUCGAUCGCUACGACAAGGACUUCGACAAGAAGCUCUACACUCUGUUCCAGGAGGCCUUCAAGACAGGCUCCGUCAUCACGGCAUCGGUGUCCGUGCCGGCAGACUGUCCCCUCGACGAUCCACUCUGCACGAGUGUAUCCCAAUUGCCCACAGUCAGUUUCCAAGACGUCAAGCCGGCCUGGGCGACCACAGCCCCAGACGACUGGACCCACUUCCUGGACAAAUUUGCUGUUCCCUUUUUUGAGACCCUGCGGCUAAGCGGAGACAAGUAUUACAAGGACGCGAGUGAGGAGAAGAAGAAGGUGUUCAGGGACUACCUUCCGACACUGGCGGUAAGGUAAGAUUGGUGGCAGCGCUGCCUGCCCCUGCAUCAUCCAUCCCCUGAUCUCACCUGGUCUUUCCCAUCAGGUCGAUGGCUACUACCUGCUGAUCAACGUCGCGCGGCAGCACACUUCGCCUGAUCUCGGGGAAACACCCAUCCGCCGGCGCCUGAUGCUUCAAGCCACCCCCGAGCACCUGAGUGCAAUGCAGGUGAGAGAGAAACAGGUGCACCUAAGUGGGUGAGUGUCGUGUGUUCUGCAGAAAACCACUGCGGAGGGGGCGGACCUGUAUAUUACUCAAGUACAGCCCCCCGAAGUGGUCACCCCCCCAGCCGCCCUGCUCACGGAAUCCGAGCAACUCAUUGUCAAGAUGAGCAAGGAGGCUGUCGAGGCGGCCAAGCAGUACGGUGACGCUUUCGUCAAGCUGCCCCUGCUGCCGCCCCUGCUGCCCUGGGGCUACCUGCAGCCCGCCAUCCCCAAGGCCCCAGCGGCCUUGCCAUUCGUUCCCUCAUACAAGCCAUAUGGCGCGGCAUCUUUGGUCACAGAGGGGGAGUCGAUGGUGGUAUUCCCCACUCUACGGCAGAUGACGCCGCCCAGCGUUGGGGUGCCGGUGUAUGGCGGGUCGAGUGAGGCGGUCAACAUGGUGUUUGUCAGGGAGUAUCGGGCCAUCCUCUAUACGAGGGAGAGGGAGGUCGACCUCACCGACGCGUGGCUACGGAAAUUUGAUGAGUUUAAGACACUAACCAGAGAGGUGACAGUCUACGCCAACUCCUUCCUCAAGGCUGUCGCCGUCAAGGUACUUAGGCAGACGAUAUCAGAUCUCUGUGGCGCUUUCGAUACUCUCGAUUGAUGCCAUUCCUCUUAUAUCGUCAGGUGUACGCCAAGAGGCCUUCCUUCGACGGUGAGCAGUACAGCGCGUACGUCGAUCUGGUCGCGAUGUAUGCUUACGGAGACCUCAGAAAGGUAGGUGCAGAGAGACAGAGACAUGUACCAGAUUCGCCCACUCACCCCGGCGAUGUGAUGUGCACUUAUGGUAUGUGAGCAGCUGAUCGGCCACACGAGGGAGUACAGUGACCUGGGCAGCGACGAGGCAAGGAGGGGCAUCGAGGACUACAUUGACAACAUCCUCUACCGCACAAGUACAAACUGCAGCACACAGGUUGCACAUCGCCCAUGCUUUCGUUCAUGUGUGUCUGUGUCUGCGUGAUUUUCUCAGCCGAGGAGCCCCACACUAACGUCAUGUGGAUCCGCCCCGAGCUGCUGGGCGUCAGUCUAUAUCAGCUAGAGGAGUUCAAGAACCCGCAGUACACCGACUUUGAGAAGCUGGUGAAAGACACCAUCAUCAAGGAGGACAUCAAGUCUGAAGACGCGGACAAGGUGAUCAGGGCGAUGCCCGGGCCCAUCGUGAUGCCAGGUGACAGUGAGAUGGGGCCCGACGUCUUCAGAGACAGAGCCACGGCAUUCUUCGACGCCAUUGCCAAGGAGCGCAGCAGGCUUGGGGCUGACCCAAAACGGCGGAGACUGCAGGCUGGAAGGGACCCACUCGCUGUCGUGGUGAGCUGGAUGGCGAUCAUUCACAGAGAGCGAUCAAUACCGGCUCAUUGGCCCGCCCGUGUGUGUGUGUUCUGUGUGCUCAGGACCACUAUCUGGUGCGUCGAACGGAACGGGCGCUUCAGGCCCUGGCAGUCCCUAUGCCUGCUUUUGUUCCGGGUGGCAUCCCGGCUUCGCCACCUCUUUCAUCCCCCGAAGCGGGAGCCGCGGCCGCUCUCAAACUCCUCCAAGAGGCCGAUAUCUUCUCCACGCAGCAAGGGCAGCCCCAACCCGACAUGCUGAUCCCCGGCCUCGAUGAGGGCCCUCCUCCGAUGUUCGCACCACCUCAGGCCAGUCCCUUGCCGGGGCUGUUGGGUCCGCAGCAGACCGGCGUCCCUGCUCCCCCGCCCCCACCCACCCCACCUGUCGGCCCAGGUCCACCCCCAGAUCCCCUUUCAGCCAUGUCCCCCGCUGGUGCGACCCCCAUGGCCGUGCCGCCCGCCCCAGGGGGACUGGUGAUGGGGCCUCCGACCGACGCGCUGACACCGAUCGAGACAGCCUUCAUCGUGCAAUUCUACCUGCAGCCAUCAUCAGGCGCGCCCCAGCCGCCGUUGGGGUGGGCCGGACCGGUUCCAAGCAAACUGGAUGAUUUCAACUGGUCGGGCAGGAAGCAGGAGCUGGGGCAGAUGGUCGACGCAUUCGUGGCCACGGUUGCCACAAAGAAGGCCGAGGUAGGCAUGGCGUGGCAUGGCAUUCGCGAGACAUCCAUCCAUAGCGCGAGACGUGUGUCUGCCUGUCUCUCAAUCGCUGCACAAAUGUCUGCCCGUCUGUCUGUCUGCCCUGCAGUAUGCUGCCCAGUAUGCGGACGACCCCAUGAGAGUGCAGACCUUCAACGACUGGCUUUACAGCCGCACACUCAUCGAGGCCGGCCGCGUGGCAAGCUUCGUGCAAGGCGAGUCCGAGGGCUACAUCGGCACCAUAGCCGUGCAGAGAUUCAUCAAAGAACGGGUCAGUCGCCCGACUGGCCGGCCCGGCAAUGCCUAGACAGAGACACGUCUCACCAUGUCUCGUGUGGCUGGUGGGCGAUGGUGUGCAGGCGGACAAAGUGUACAACGAGGGUGUGCAGUUCAUGGAGAGCUGGAGCACCCCCCUGUUCUCCACCAGCAGGCUCUUCUACAGCCAGCCCGAUUGGCAGCAGGUCGACAACGGCCCCCCAGCACUCGGCCUGGAGGUCAUCGCACAGUCGGCCGCAGAGCUGGGCGGAACCAUCCAGGGGCUGUUGCCUGUAUGAUGACAUCCGAUGAUAGUCGUUAGGCAGCAAUGUCUUUGCUCUUGUAUGGCUCUGUGGGCCGCACCACGGUGUAAGCAUUAAGCCGUCUUUGUUCGUUCGUCUUUCGGCUCUGUGGACGUGUGACACGAAGGGACGUUGCUUAAGCCACUUGCGCGUUCGUGUGUGUGUGUGUGCGUUUCACUUUGCUGACGGGUGCAUAUGUGCAUAUGUAUGUGGCAACAUUUUCGGUAACAUGUUCAAGUCAGUUCGGGGCAACAAAGUCUCUGCCUCCC